GCCAGACAAGAGCCACGUUAACAGUCGAAAUCGAUUACCACAGCAACCUUACAAAUCUUAGUUUCUGACUUUUUCUGAAGCAGUUUUUCUGACGAAUUAUUAUCCUCGAUAAAACAAUGGCCGAUCGUAAGUGGGAACAAGCCAAGAACGAAGCCGGCGCCGCCGCCGAGCACGCCAAACAGGCCGGCCAGAUCAAGCUGGACGAGACGAAACAGGCGGCCCACGAGAAGAAGGAAGAGCUGAAGCACGACGCCCAGCAUGCCGCCCACAAUGUACAGCGCAAGGCCCACGAGGCCGCCGAGAACGUGAAGGAUACGGCCCGUGACGUCCAGCAGCAGGCCGGCCAGAAGUGGGAGGAGACCAAGGAUGCGGCGGAUAAGAAGAGCAAGGACGCCGCACAGGCCGCCAUCGACAAGACGCGCCAGGCCACCGACGCCAGCAACACCAAGGUCAACCAGCAGCUGGAUAAGGCCGAGGACGCCGUGCAGGACAACCGCAGCUUCCUGGAGCAGGCCAAGGAGGGCGCGGCGCACGCGGCCACCGUCGUGGGGGAGAAUGUGCAGUCGGCGGCUGCUGUCGUCGGCGGAUACGCUGCCGCAGCGGCUGAGGGCGCCGCGCAUCUCGCCACGGCCGCCUACGAGAAGGUGGCGCACGCGCUGGAUCCCAAUGCGCCCGCGACGGCCGGCGACGUGGGGAAUGUGCCGUACAAGAAGGAAGAGAAGACCGUCAUCGAGCACAAUGUCAGCAAGUAGACGCGCACCCUGCAUUUCCCUGUAUUUAUUCCUCUGAAUUAAUCAUCUCGUCUCUCUCGCGCGGUCGCUGUACAAUCAAACACGGUUCCAACUGAUUAAGAGUAUUGUCUGUGCAUUCCUGUUUAUUUUCGAAUUUCGGUUUCCUUUUUUUUGUAUGAAUUUUCGUUGGUAUAAUAUUCUGUCAAGGAUAUGUUUUUUGAGAUGGCUGCUUUUUUGACAGCUACACAGCGGAUAAUUCACAGUGUUUCUUGUCUCGGUUGGGAAAUGGUCGUGUUGGCCCUGUGGAGAGCAUGCACUAUUUGCACCAUAUCGGGCUUUCAGUAAAACAAAUUCGAUAAACGGAAGGCGGUA